CCACAAACAAAAGGUUGUGAACAUUCAAAUGUAUGCCGAAAGUUUUCAGGAGGCCAGGAGGCUGCUGCCCUUCUCCUUAGGUUUUAUUGCAAGGUCUCAAGUAAGUCAAGCAAUCUGCUCAGGACGAGCCAUCUAACCUAUCUUUAGCCACUGCAAGCAAGUGAAUGGAGAGCCUGACUUAUCUUCACUGCUGUCAUCGAGGCUGCCAGUAUUUUUAGGGGACAGCAGCAGCUGCAAAAGCAUUUAACGGUCUUCUACGAACAAUGACACUAGGGGUGUCUCAGGACUAAACACCACAGAGUUUGUGGGACCGCUGGAGCAUUCAAAGGAAAGCGGUCUGAUAAAAUUAAAAACAUCUUAAAAGGGGCACGUAGGAGCCUUGGCAAAAUGGACAGGUGACACGGAGUAGAUGUUAAUGAGGAAGACAUACCACAACAAAUCUACGAAAGUGGAAAAGGAUUAUUCGGUGAAAAACAAAAUACUGCUGGAAGGGUGGUGAAGCAGAAGAAGCUGGUCACAACGGAAUGUAUAUUGACAGUUGUCUCUGAGGACCGAACAGAGACUUACUUGAUAAACAGCUGGACAACCAAAUUCUCCAGAGCAAUAAAUAGACUGAAUGCCUGUAGCCUGUCAAUCUGAGUGGAGGUUGGCAAGCGAGAAGGGAUGGAUGUGUUUGGUGGAGCACCACGGUUCCUGGCAUACCCUCGGCCUGUGGUUGUACAGAGUGGCACAGAUGCAGUUCUGAAAUGUCAGAUCGGCGGAGAUCCCAGACCUGCCGUUAUAUGGGAAAGAAACAAUGAGAAGAUUCAUCCAGAGGGCAGAUACCGGGUGUUUGAGGAUGGAAAUGUCUACAACCUUAUAAUAACUUCAGUGACAAUGGAGGACAGUGGGCAAUACAUCUGCAAGGCAAAGAACUGCAUUGGAGAGACUUAUGCAGCAGCCACUUUAAAAGUAGAAGGUGAAGCACAGGAGAUGGAAGUUCGGGAGGAAAACAAGCCACGCUUUCUUAUCAAACCCCUCUCAACUAGGGUUGGACGAGGAGAAGAUGCCAUGUUCUCCUGUAAGCUGUGGGGAAACCCUAGACCAGAAGUAAUGUGGGAGAAGGAUGGUAAGAAGUUGAAUGAGAUCUUUGAGAGCACACAUUUCUCCAUCAGCUAUCAGGAUGGAGGGUGGUUCCAGCUGAAAAUUUUCAAGACGAGAGCACCAGAUGGAGGGGUGUAUACGUGUAAGGCCAGGAAUGAAUUUGGAGAGAGUCUGGCAGGGGCUGUGCUGUUAGUGGAUGCUGGACCAGGACAUGAAGAUGAAGGCAACCGUAAUGGAUACACUAACGGCCACUGGAAAGCACAUCAGGGGAAACAAAGAAGUGGUAGACAAGUUGCGACCAGGCUGAAAGAUGACCCAUUACCUAAUUCAGCCAAAGUAAAAAUGUUUGCAGUGACAGAGGGGAAACAUGCAAAGUUUCGAUGCUAUGUAACAGGAAAGCCAAAACCAGAAAUAUUAUGGAGGAAAGAUGGGAAACUUAUCUUGUCUGGAAGACGGUACCUAUUGUAUGAAGACAGAGAAGGUUACUUCACACUUAAAGUUCUCUACUGCAAGCAACAGGACAAUGGAGUUUAUGUCUGUUCUGCUUCAAACACUGCAGGACAAACACUAAGUGCUGUACACCUCAUCGUCAAAGAGCCACCUGUUCGAUUUAAGCAACCAUUGAAUGACUUGCAAGUAUGGGAAAGGGACUUGGCUGUUCUUGAGUGUGAAGUUCCUGAGGACUCUGUUCCAAUCACAUGGUACUUAGAAGACAGACGACUGCAGCCUGGAGCCAAAUAUGGGAUGGAAGAGUGGGGGACAAAGCGUCGACUAACAAUUCGUGAUAUUGGAGUUGAUGAUGAUGGGAUUUAUCUCUGCGAGAUGGCUGAUGGGGGCAGAAGUAUUGCUGAGGUAGCAGUCAAAGGCACAAUUGUAAGAAAGCUGCCACGAAAAGUUGACGUUCUGGAGGGGGAAAAUGCAGCAUUCUGCGUGGAAGUAGAGGAAGAAGAAAUGGACAUUCAUUGGUACAAAGAUGGAACAGAGCUGAGAGAGACUCACCAGACCAUUCUCAAAUCAUUUGGAAGAACCCACAUUUUGGUCUUUGUAAACACCACACCACAAGACUCUGGUUUGGUCAUGUUUUACGUUGGUAGAUCAAAAACAUCAUCUCAGCUACGUGUUAAAGCGGCAAGGCACUGUCCACCAAGCUGUCCUAUAGGGGUACAAAUAAACACAGAAAGAGCAAAUGCAGCUCUUCUUUCCUGGUUUCCAGCACAAGACUCUCGAAAGAAUCCACCUUCAGGAUAUAUUAUUGAACGACAAGAGGUUGGCUCACAAGAGUGGCUUCAAUGUUUGACCACAGACUCUGCAACCUCAGUGGAGAUUCUUGGUGACAGUGUUCCAUGCGAGGCAGAUUACAGAUUUCGGAUAUGCAGUGUCAACAAAUAUGGAAGAAGUGGAAAUGUAGAGUUCCCUCGAGCAGUUCACCUUGUUCCAGUUGCAAGAAUCCAGGCACCUUUACAAGAUGCUUUAGUGCCAGAGGGCCAGGAUGCCUGCUUUACCAUUGAGCUCUCUGCCUCAGUUAUAGGCACUUGGUUCCUAAAUGGAAAUCAGCUUCAAGACGAUGAACGUUUCUCCAUAAGGCGUUCACGUACGCACCAGUCCUUACGCAUCCGGGGGGUUCGAGACACAGAUAAUGGAGCAGAGAUCACUUUCAUUGCUUAUGGAAUUCGCGAUUCUGCUGCUCUGUAUAUACAAGCUCCACUUGUAAAGUUCACUCCACUUUCUGAAAUGGAUCGAAAUAAAUUUGUAGAGGUUGGCAACCCUAUAGUGCUCUACUGUGAGCUGUCAGACCCUGAGGCUCCAGUUCGGUGGUACAAGAAUGGUGUUGAACUUCAAUCCAUGGAAGGUCUGCAUAUCCAAUCAGAAGGAACAAUGAGGAGGAUUGUCAUCCAAUCAGCAGAAUUCUCCCACUCAGGAGUUUAUAGCUGUGAUGCUAUUGAUGACGUCAUCAGGUUUAAUGUGGAGGUGGAGGCCCCACCAGUGAGGUUCUCAGUUGUUCCGGAGGGCAAGAGGAACAAAUCAAUAGAAGUAGGUACAACGAUAGCACUGCAAUGUGAGCUCUCAGACCCAGUUGCCCAGGUCUCCUGGUACAAGGAUGGUGUGAAACUUCUACCACAAAGUGGAGUAGACUUCAAAUCUGUGGGCACAAAGAGGGAACUUGUUGUCCAGUCAGCUGAAUUUUACCACUCAGGGGUGUACAGCUGCAAGACAAGAGGUGAUGCUGUUCACUUCAGUGUGGAUGUUAAAGCCCCACCUGUGAGGUUCUCAGCUGUCCCUGAGGUUAAGCGGAGAAAGUGCAUUGAAGCAGGCUGCCCCAUUACUCUGCAGUGUGAGAUUUCAGACUCUGCUGCACAAGUCCAGUGGUAUAAAGAUGGGAAUCUUGUAGAAUCUGGAGUAGACAUCAAUUCAGAUGACUGCAUGAGAACUCUCAGUAUUCAGUCAGCACACCCAUCUCACGCCGGUGUGUACAGCUGCACAACAAAGGAUGAUGUCCUCGAGUUUCAUGUGGAGAUAAGAGCUGCACCGGUGAGGUUCUCAGCUGUACCGGAAGCUGGGAAGAAUAUAUGCACCGAAGCUGGUGGCCACUUUGAACUCUGCUGUAAGGUAUCAGACCCGGCAGUCCACGUCAGCUGGUUCCACAAUGACACACAGCUUCAGCCUGAGACUGGUUUGGAUGUUCAGUCAGAGGGAGAAGCAAGGACUCUGAUAGUCAAUCCAGCUGAGCCAAGACAUUCUGGAUUGUACCGCUGUGAAACAUCAGACGACUCUGUCCAGUUCACUGUGGAUAUCAAAGACCCACCGGUGAUGUUCUCAGCAUUACCAGAUACUGUGAAGAACCGGCUGAUUGAAGCAGACAACUCCACUGAUUUGUAUGGUGAGAUCUCAGAGCCAAAUGCCAAGGUGUGUUGUUACAAGGAUGGUGUAGAGCUCGUCUCAAAAAGUCAGCCUCAUAUCAAAUCGGAGUGUACCAGGAGGACGUUAGCUGUCAAGACAGCACAGCCCUCUAAAUCUGGAUGGUACGACUAUGUGAGAACGGGUGAUGUCUUCCAGUUUAAUGUACAAGACCAAGUGUCACCGACCAUUUUGGCUGAUCCUGAAGUUCAGAAGACCAAAUUCGUUGAAGAAAUGGAAUCCGUUGUUCUACCUUAUGAGAUCUCAGACCCUGCUCCAUAUGUCAGCCAGACAAAAGAAGAGAAGGUCAUGCUUCCUCAAUCAAAACCCGAACCUGAAUUAGAAUCUAAUUCUGAUUUUGAUCCUGAAUCUAAACAUGAAGUUCACUUAGAUGCAUCAAGAGGAGCUUUAAUCAUCCACUCACCCGAGACAUCUCUUGUUAAAGUAAAAUGCCCAAAGACACCAGAGGAUCCCAUCCAGUUUGAAAUGGACCAAGCAGAGCUGUCUCACUAUGAGGUGUUCAGUGGUGAGAUCUAUGAUGACUCUGUCCAGUGCACUUUGGAUACAAAAGCUCCACCUGUGAUGUUCUCCACGAUCGAUGAGGUUCAACGGAAUAAAUGCAUUGAGUCAGGACGACCCUUUAAACUGCAAUGUGAAGUCUCAGAUCCUGACGCGCAAGUCUGGUGGUACAAAGAUGGAAAUGAGGUGCUUCCUCAAGAUGGUAUUGUCAUUGGGUCUGAGGAAGGGAUAAGAACACUCUCUGUGCAAGCUGCUGAAUUAUGUCACAGCGGAACAUACAGAUGCCAGAUGAAUGAUGAUGCCAUCACAUUCCAUGUGGAAAUCAAAGCUCCAUCACUGAAGUUCAUUCCAAUUUCAGAAGUGGAGAAGAACAAGUCCACCGAAGUAGACUCACCAAUUGUUCUGAAAUGUGAGCUAUCAGAUGCAACCUCUGAGGUGCUCUGGUGCAAAGAUGGUAGAGAGCUGGCCCCAAACCCUGAGCUCAAUUUCCAAAAAGAUGAAAAUACACGGAAAAUAAAAGUUGAAUCAGCAAAACUGUCUGAUACUGGAAACUACACCUGUCAUGUUCAAGGUGAUACCGUAUCAUUCAAGGUGGAUGACCAAGCUCAUCCUGUUAGGUUCUCAGCACUCCCAGAAAUUGCAAGAAACAAGUUUAUUGAAGCAGGUUGUCCCAUUAUACUUCAAUGUGAAAUCUCAGACCCUACUGCCCAAGUUUCCUGGCUCAAAGAUGGAGUCGAACUCCAACAACAGAGUGGACUUGACAUCCAAUCAGAGGGCACUAUGAGGAAAAUGAUCAUCCAUUCAGCUGAGCUCAAACACUCAGGCGUGUACAGCUGUGAGGCUGUGGAUGAUCUCAUAGCAUUCAAGGUGGAUGUUGCAGCACCUCCGGUAACAUUUGCCUACAUACCAGAAGAUGAUCUGCACAGAAAUAUUGUGGAACAAGACAAUAUACUCCUUCAUUGUCAAGUGUCUAGGUCAGAUGCUACUGCACAAUGGUAUAAGGAUGGAGUAGAGCUUAAAUCCACUAGCAACGUCCUCAUUGAGGUGGAAAACGACAUUCGAAGGCUGAUCAUACUCUCAGCUCAUCUCUCAGAUUCUGGGACAUAUACCUGUCGUGCUGGAGAUAGUGCUUUAGUAUUUAAAGUUAACGUAAGAGAACCUCCAGUUAUGAUUGUAUAUCCCAAGGAAGAUGUACACCUUGAUCGCCAUGUUCCUGAAGAAAUUGUUCUCAGCUGUGAACUUUCACGACCAAACGGAAAGGUGACAUGGUUCAAGGAUGGACAGAAACUACAAGAGAGUGAAAACAUCAAGCUUAAGACAGAAGGUCCAUACAGACGGCUAAAAAUUCUGCACAGUGGUAUUGAGGACUCUGGAGAAUAUGUCUGUGACACAGCUGAUGAUUCUAUAUUUUUCAAUCUGAACAUAAAAGAACCACCGGUACGUAUAGUUUCUCCAAGUCAGUCCCAAAUGGAACUUUGCCAGCAGACCUCUGAAAGGAUGGUCCUGAGCUGUGAAAUCUCUAGACCUAAUGCCACUGUACGCUGGUAUCGAGAUGGUCUUGAAGUGGAAGAGAGUGACAGCCUAAUUCUGGAAGUUGAUGGUGUCUAUAGGAGACUUAUCAUCCCAAAACCUACCGUCAAGGACUCUGCAGAAUAUGUAUGUGACACCACUGAUGACUCGGUGACCUUCUUUGUAAAUAUUGCAGAGCCACCAGUCAGAUUUAUUCGGCCAAGGAAAAUGGCCUAUGGAGUAGAGAAACUUGUUGGUGAGAUUGUGGUCCUUGAGUGUGAAGUGUGUCGACCAAAUGCUGAAGUUAGCUGGAAGAAGGAUGGAGAUGAGAUUGAGGAGAAUAGCAACGUAACUAUCACAGAGGACGGCACAAAUCGUCAGUUAACCAUUCACUCCGCAGACUUUGAGGAUGCAGGGCAAUAUGUCUGUGAUGCCAGAGAUGAUGUCAUGGAUUUUUUAGUAAAAAUCAAAGAUCCACCACUGAAAAUUCUGCGGAAAGCUGACAUAGAAACAAAACGCCAGUUUAUGGUAUCUGAUGCCAUUGUGUUAAAAUGUGAGAUCUCAAGAGCAAAUGGCGUGGUCAAUUGGCUAAAAGACAAUGAGAAGAUUGAUGGAAAUGAGCAUUUCACCUGUGAAGAAGAAGGGGCAUUCAGAUCUCUGAUUGUCCUAAAUGCUGAGUUGAGAGACUCCGGAGAGUACAUUUGCGAUGCACAAGAUGACAAAGUUGUCUUCAGUGUUACUGUAGAAGAAGCUCCAGUGUCCAUUGUUGGAAAUACACAGAAGCCAAAACACUGCAUAUUACUGACAGGAGAUGAGCUUUCCCUUGAGUGUGAGGUGUCUCGAGUAAAUGCUGUUGUCCAGUGGUACUGCAAUGGACGUUUACUAAAGCAGGAUUCACGCACACACAUUGAAAGCAGUGACACAAUGAGGAAGCUUGUGAUAUCUGGACUUCAGACAUCUGACUCUGGGGAGUAUCUCUGUGAUGCAACUGAUGACAAAAUGAUAACCAUGCUAACAGUUCAAGAUCUUCCCUUCAAAUUUAUCAAAAAAGAUGAAAAAACAAACAUUUCAGCCUAUGAAGAAGACAGUUUGACACUACGUGCCACAGUCAACAGAGUCAACGCCCCAAUUAAAUGGCAGAGAGGUCGUGAUUUAAUCAGAGGCGAUCGGUUCAACACAACAAGUGAUGGAAACACCCACUACCUUACCAUUAACCCACUCAAGAGAGGGGAUAGUGGUGAGUAUACAUGUCACUUGGGAACUGACGAGAUGCACUUCAGUGUCCACGUCAAAGCAAUGAAGGUGAAAUUCUCCAAGCCACUGGAAAACAUAGCGGGACUCAAAGGUAGCAAUGUGGUUUUAAAAUGUGAACUGUACAAGUCAAAAGGAGAUGUUCAGUGGCUGAAAGAUAGUCAAGAGAUUGCAGCAAGCAGACAUUUCACGAUCAGAGCUGAGGGUCGAGUGAGAAGUUUGACAAUACAUAACAUCACAGAAGAUGAUGCAGGAGAAUAUGCUUGUGAAUCCAAAGAUGAAAGGACAUCAGCUACUGUAAUGGUCAAUAUACCUCGUAUUGUGGAGUUUGUUGCAGAGCUACACAACAUGACUGUAAUGGAAGGAGAAGACGCAACAUUUAAGUGUGUGGUGUCUCCAGAGGAUGCGAAGCUAUCCUGGUUUAAGAAUGGCCAACAUAUUUCAUCAAAUGAGAAGUUCAACAUCUCCAGCAACGGAUUAUGCCAUAUGCUGCAUAUCAAAAACUGUCAAGUCUCAGAUAGCUGCUCAUUGACAGCUGAGGCUGAAGGUGUGAUUUCCAGAGCUCUCCUUCAGGUCCAAGAGGCACAGGUGCUGUUCACAAAGAGCAUGGACCCAGUGGUUGCAGAGGAGUUUGGAGAGGCAACACUUGAGGUGGAGGUCAGCACAGAGACUGCAGAGGUCCAGUGGAUGAGACAAGGAGUGGUUAUUCAUCCAGGGUCCAAAUUCACCUUAAGGCAGAGUGGUCGAAAACGUUCUCUCACAAUUCACAAACUAACCCUUUUAGACCGAGGAACGUACAGCUGUGAAACACUUCAUGAUCGCACACAAGCCAAGCUCAGUGUGGAACCACGAAAAAUCAAGAUUCGGAAAGGUCUUACUGACAUCCAGACUAUCGAACGAGAGACAGCUUCCUUUGAGGUGGAGCUGUCACACAGCAAUGUUGAAGGAGUAUGGCAAAAGGAUGGGCAUGUCCUCAAAACCAACAACCGCUUACGUAUGACUGCACAAGGACGGGUACACAGUCUUACCAUCUCCGGCUUGACCUUGGAUGACACUGGCACAUAUAUAUUCUCUGUUGAUAACGUCAGGUCAUUAGCAAGACUGGAUGUUAAAGAAAUCCCAGUUUCAAUCCUGAAAAAGCUUGAUGAUAUCAGACAACCAGAGGGAUCUGGGGUAACCCUUGAAUGCGAGUUAUCACGCCACAACAUAGACAUAAAAUGGACAAAGAAUGGAGUUCAGCUUAAACCAGGCAAAAACCAUCGCAUUUACUCAAUGGGAAGAAAGUGCUUCCUACAAAUACUGAAGUGUGAGCUGGGAGACUCUGGAUUAUAUGUGUGUGAUGCUGGGGAUGCCACAACAUCAUGUUCGGUGGAUAUCUAUGAGAGAGAGCUUGAGAUACUGCAAAGCUUGGAGGAUCUGGAUAUUCAAGAGGACCAGAAUGCAGUGUUCAUGUGUGAAGUGUCCCUAGACGAUGUGCCUGGAGAAUGGUUUAAGAAUGGAGAAAAGAUAAAACCGACCAGCACAAUUAAGAUUCGUCAGGAAGCGAAUAAGCACUUCCUCCUUAUAUGCAAUGUUAAAGAAGAAGAUUCAGGAGAGAUCAAGUUUGUAGCCAAGAAUGUGGAGUCUACAGCUUACCUUGAGGUGGAAGCAUUACCAGCAAACAUUGUGAAACCACUUCAGGAUAAAACUGUUCUGGAGAAAACCCGUGCCAUAAUGGACUGCACACUGACCAAUCCCCGCUGCAGCAUUCGCUGGUAUAAGGGACCUAACGUCAUCCUGCCCUCGGAGCACUUUGAGAUAUGCAGUGAAGGAUGCUAUCGAAAACUUGUGAUCCAGCAGGUGCUGCUGGAGGAUGAGGGCACCUAUAGUGUUCAAGUAGGAAACUACACAUCUUCAGCAAGACUAACUGUUGAAGCUCAGUCGAUCCUGAUGGUGCGGGAACUGCAGGAUGUGAAUGUAACAGCUCCUGCGGAUGCAUGCUUUGAAUGUGAGAUCUCUUUGCCUGUGGCCAAGGCACCUACGUGGACCCUCAAUGGGGAGACGCUGAAUCCUAGUCCUAAUGUAGUGCUGGAGAAAAUGGGAACUGUUCAUAGGCUCACUCUUAAACAAACAUCUGAAGAAAUGAGCGGCACCGUGUGCUUUAUCACAGGGAGAACCAAAAGCACUGCACAGCUACUUGUCAGAAGAAACAACUGAGAAACAACACAUGCACUUAGUGCAUAAUACUCAACUUGCUUUUAAAAUGCAAAAAUACCAAAUUAAAUGAUAACGUUCACGUUUCUUUUAAUAAGUCUGAAAGUAAGCCUAAGAAGAAUUGAAAAUCCAAAUAUAUAAUUUGUGCAUAUUAUAUGCCAUUCUAAGUGGUUGACCACACAUGUAUUAAAUUAUUUAAAGGGCACCUAUGAUGAAAAUCAUCUUUUGUAAGCUGUUUGGACAGAACUGUGUGUAGGUAUAGUGCGUCCACAGUCAUAUUGGGGUGAUAUAAACACAAUAAGUCUCUUUUUGGAAAUUUCCUGAUGUUAAAAUAGGAUCCCUUCCAUUUUGAGGUCGACUCAUGACGUAGGAGUGCAUUUUACCCACACAUUGAAUUGAUUGACAGCUGCAAUACCCCCCCCCCCCCCCCUUUAAACAAGCUGUUUGAAUGUGUGUCUGUAUACGUGAACUUUGUAACAUUGUGUGUAACUCAUUGUUGCAGAAAUGCUUGAAUUAUCUCCACAACAAAUACAUCAAAUAAUCAUUGGGAAAGUUUUUACUGUAAUUUUUCUCACAAAUGUUAUGAGAGAUCUGCUUCCUUCAUGUCUGUCACUGUGCUGUUUAUCUGACGCAGCUGAGGGAGAGAUUUGAGCUGAAACUUAACACACAUUCGGACACUAAAGACUUAUCUUAAAUCUUGAAAAAAGGGUAAAAUAGGUGCCCUUUAAAUUCUCAUGUUUUCUAAAUCUUUGAUCAAGUACAUUGGGCUUUAGAAAUGAACAAACUUGUGGAAUCACUUACAUUUCUUGCAUUUUUAGAAAAAUGUAUUUGCUAUCUUAUUUUGCAAUUUGUGUACUACUGUAUAUCAUUGUAUAGAUAUCAUUUUGUGUUUUUUUUAACUAUUAGAUAAAAGUGAGGUUAAGGCAUGUAAUAAAAAUAUGCAGGGCCAAAGAUGAUCAAAAGAGGGUUUGGGACGGAAAGAAACUUUAGAGUAGGCUAUGUAACAAAUACAACGAGUUCAUGAAUCCAUUUUACUAAGUAGGAAAACAUUUACAAAUACAGUAUGGAAAUGCUUUUGAGUUUGCUUCUGUUGUAUUCAGAAAGCAUUUCACAAUUCUUGCCUUUUACUAAAGUAUCUAAAUGAAUGUUCCCAUGUUUAUCAAUACCUUUCAAUAAAAUUUGAAAACAUA